AUGCCAUCUGCCGAAAAUCUGCCCCCGGAGCCAGAAGCGGGGUCUUUGGACCUAGAUGUUCUUGUCAUUGGUGGUGGCUUCUCUGGAUGUCUCUUGCUCCACAAGAUUCGAGAUGAACUCAAAUUGAACGUGAAGAUUAUCGAGGCCGGUCCGUCCGUAGGCGGAACAUGGUACUGGAACCGCUAUCCGGGAGCACGUGUUGACUGUCCGGUUCCUGGAUAUGAAUUGUUCAGUCCAGCCGUCUGGAAGGAUUGGAGGUGGAAGGAGAAAUACCCCGGACAGGCUGAGCUCAAGGCUUACUUCGAGCAUAUCGACGAUGUGCUGUCGAUCAGCAAGGAUUGUCUUUUCAAUUCCAUGGUAGCGUCGGCCCAGUUCUCCGUGGAUGAGAAGAAAUGGGUUAUACGAGUAAAGGAUGGACGGGUGAUUCGGGCAAAGUACUUCAUCCCAGCGGUUGGCUUUGCAGCGAAGGAAUAUACUCCAGACUGGAAAGGACUCGGCAGUUUCCGCGGCACUAUUUGCCAUUCUGCCAAUUGGCCAAAGGAAGGUGUAGAUGUUGAGGGUAAGCGGGUUGCCAUCAUCGGAACGGGUUCCACGGGGGUACAGAUUGCUCAAGACUGGGCGAAGGAGGCCGCGGAGACUUUCGUUUUUCAGCGAACACCGAAUAUCUGUUUACCCAUGCGCCAGAAGCAACUGGACCCGAGCCAACAGGAGAACAAAGAAGAGCGUCUAGCCUUGUUCGAGUUUCUCUUCACAACCAACGGAGGGCUUCCUUAUCGUCCUGUCCCAAGGAACACGUUCGACGACUCACCCGAAGAGAGAGAAGCCACAUAUGAGAAAGUAUACAACGAGGGAGGCUUCUCAUACUUGGGCGCGAGUUAUCAAGACAUCAUGCGCGACGUGGAGGCAAACCGCGAGGCAUACCGAUUCUGGGCCAAGAAGACACGAGCCCGAUUGAAUGACCACCGGCUUCACGAUCUCCUUGCUCCUCUGGAGCCGCCUCAUCCCAUUGGCGCGAAGCGCGCGUCGCUUGAACAGGACUACUACGAACAAUUCAACAAACCCAACGUACAUCUGGUCAAUGUUAGAGAAAGCCCAAUUGCUGAACUCAGAUCCAACGGUAUAGCAACAGAGAAAGAAUUCUUCGAAGUCGACAUCAUCGCAAUCGCAACGGGCUUCGACUCAGUCACCGGCGGUAUCGAGAAAGUCGGCCUAAAAGAUGCAGACGGUGUCGAUCUUAUCAAACGAUGGAGAGCCGAUGGUAUUCACACGUAUCUCGGGAUGAUGGUCAGCCGCUGCCCGAACAUGUUUCUCCCUUACAGCGCCCACUCGCCUUCCGUUUUCUCAAGCGGUCCUACAACAAUCGAGGGACAGUGCGAUUGGAUCUGCAGUGUGAUUCAGAAGAUGGAAGCGCAUGGAAUCAGCGCUAUUGAUGUGAAGAAGGAUGCUGAGCAAGGAUGGACUGACGAGGUUGCGGCAAUCGCCCAGAUGACUGUCAUUCCGUAUGCCAAGUCGUGGUAUAUGGGUGCAAAUAUUCCUGGAAAACGGGUAGAGUCUCUUUUCUAUCUUGGGGGGAUUCCCCGUUACCGGCAGAAGUGUCAGAAGGCGUUGGAUAACGACUUAAAGGACUUUGCCAAGCUGUAG